ACUUUCCAGUGCCCAUUCACCUUUCCCAAUCCUCGAGAUCCACGCCUCGCUGGUUGAACUCGCAACCCAAUGCCCUUAAUCAGGUGUCAGAUCAGGGAAAAGGGCAAGGAAAUGACACAAUUAUAUGACCUCAGUUGUCUCCUUGUUUACUGAUUACAUUUGGCAAAUCUUCUCAUUUCCACCACAGACGUUCACCACCUCGAAUUCAUCAGUCAAACCAUCCACGAAAAUGGCAAGGCGUUCUCCCAACACUCGUCAGGCUAACAGCUGCAAGGUCCUUGAGUCCCAUCUGCCAAAACCCGUCGAAUCCCGCGUCGAGGAUCCCAGAUCGCCUCAAUACCCCUGACCAGCCCAACGCACGCAACGGAUGCUUGGUAGCACUCGAUGCAGUCAAACCCUCCAAAUCCGUACAAGUCUUCCCCAAGCGCCCCAAUAUGGUUACACUGAGCCCCUCAGUAUGCUGUCACAGCCCGCCUGCCAGUUGGCAAACAGGAAUGGUCGCGGGCAGAAGAGAAGAGAGAUAUGAACAAGAAACGGUCCUCACUGUUCUCAGUUGAAUCAAGCCGAGUUGAGGUGGGAUGCGAAAGCUUCCUUGUUCUGCAUGUCUUUGACUUCCUCCCCGAGAUUGAAGUGUCGAAAAGUCACUUGACAUUACCUGCACUCCGAGUAGCCGCCCAAUUGAGUUUCAAAUUCUUCUGUUGGUGCCCAAGACCCAAGACGAGUGUCGGUGGCCUCACUUUCGGUCCAGUGUUCAGAAAGUACGCAGGUGGCGAACGUGAUGCCUUCACAGCAGUACCAACCUUCCGUACGGUCGGUGGGCAGUGGGAUUUCCGAGGUUGAGGGAGCAAAUCACAAAGCAUGGUCUGUUGACUUGGAAAAGGGAGGGACUCGGGCGGAAGGGGAGGCAGAGAAAGGAAUUGAUGGCAUCAGUCUUGACCCGUAUCCCAAUCUCGAUUACAUCAAUCCCAUGGAAGAGCCAGCAAGUUAUGUCAACAUGCAAGUAAACGAUGCUCCAGAAGGCUACCCCAUGCUUGCCCGCUUCAUCUCUUCUCAUGAAGACGGCUACAUCUUUCGGGAAUUCCGCUACCUACAGUCCCGGGCGCUCUUACACAUGCAAGAUGAACUACGAACCCUCGAACUCCUGCUGCACAGGACGGACCUGCAUGAUGCUAGAAACAGGGCCAUCUUUCUCAGGACGAGGGAGAUGGAUGAUGAUCGUCUGGGGGUGAGGGGGCGGCUGAUGGAAGAAAUUACGGAGAAACUCAAGAAAUAUGGCGAACUCCUCAUUAUGUCCAACAACCUCGCCAACUUUGACCGACCAUCCCGCUUUGACAUCCAAAGUCUCGAAAACUUCUUCCGAGCCAAAGAGCCUCUGUUUAGACAUGAGCGAUACAUUGGGUGUCAGUCCGAUAUGAUAACCCUUAAAGCAGGGAGAGACGACGCCUGGCUUGAUCGAGUAAUCAUGCAGUUACUCGUCAAGUACAACUGUGCACCACUACGGUACAUCUUUGCCAACGCUCAUACCAAGACCCAUGCCGACAGCAAGCACGCAGCAUUGAACCUCUUCUCCAUUGCCCGCGUCCACUUCCUCAAGAUGGUUGUUCUGAUCUUGCUCAUGCUCUGCCUAUUAUGUCUACCUUUAGUCCCGCUCUAUUCCUGGACCCAGGAAGGCUCAGGCCCGGCAGACGGAGGGACGAACAGCGUGGCAGUGACUGGACAGACGCUAGCCAAGAUCAUGGGCUUGAUUGUUGCGUGCGCGUUCGCAUUUGGUGUGGUGUUGAGUGUGUGUACGAGGGCAAAGAAGCACGAGAUCUUUGGGAGUUGUGCUGCAUAUAUGGCUGUUCUCAUUGUGUUCAUGACAUCAACGUAAUCAGGAUGUUGUGCUGGAAGUGGUCUCGGUGUGUCUGGCUACCUGGCAUAUGAGAUCAAGACCAUCAACGUGAGUUUAUCGCGAAGAACAGGGCAUGGAGCGGCGACAAGGUCCUGGUCAUCAACGGGGUCCCCAAUGACAUUGCCCCUCCAUCUGCACCUCCAGAACAGAAAAGAGAAAUACAAUAAUCUUAUUCAAAUUCGUCAGCCAUUACCAGGUUGAACAAGCGAAGCAAAAAAGCUCAGUCACCCAGACAAGCUUGUGGAACGAAUCACAACACCCCAGCUGUGACCAACGAAAACUGUACCUCGAGUACCGCGCACCCGGCAACGUUUUCAUCAACAGGAACCACUGCGCCAUAAGACGACAGGGCCCCGUUGCGGUAGACGAGCUAGGUAGCGGACAUUAAAUGGUGCCUGCUACUGGUGGCUGGGUCAGGUCCAGUAUGGGCGCCCGCGGUUGCGGAAGGGAGGCAGGCAGCAGUCAUGUCGUCCGAUGUCUGGGGAAGGGCGCAUCUGCUGGGCGGUGGCAGCGGCAGGAAAAACGGUGGCAUGCACGGUAACUGUUGGUUCUAGGACGAUGGUCGCGAAGGAAGGGUAAGGAAUGUACUUGAGGAUCAGAAGGGCAGAUGACUUCAAAGCAGCGCAUGCAACAUGGGAUUGGCAUGCUUUAUAUCGGGCCAUGUAGCAUGGCUGACAGCUGUUCUGAUUGGAAACAUACUGAGAGGAUAUUCUCGAAAGAUUCAGUGAACGGUGUAGCUCGAGCGUAGGUAUUGACUUGACUGCCCAACAUGAUCCGAACACGCACA